AAAUAAUUUAAUUUAACGAUAUAAAAAUAUAUAAAUAUAAUAUUUUUAAUGGAAAAAAUGGGUGAUAAAUUGGAAAAUAUUAAUCCCAAAUUAUAUAAAAAAAUAGAUGAAAGACAAAUUACGGCGGAAGAUGAAGAUGAAGAUAUGAUUAGAAAUAUUAACGAUCCUGAACAUCCUUUAACUUUGGAAGAAUUAAAUGUGGUAGAACAAAAUCUUAUUGAGAUUGAUAAUAAAGCAAACAUAGUUCAUGUAAAAUUUACACCAACAAUACCACAUUGUAGUAUGGCAACAUUAAUUGGCUUAUCAAUUAGAGUACAAUUAUUGCGAGUUUUACCCUCAAGAUUUAAAGUUAGUGUUGAAAUUACUCCGGGUACUCAUAUAUCAGAAACAGCAGUAAAUAAACAAUUGGCUGAUAAAGAAAGAGUAGCAGCUGCUCUUGAAAACAAUCAUCUACUUGAAGUAAUUAAUCAAUGUGUGGAUAUAAAAUUUUAAUAAAUUAUUUUAUUUUAAUAAUUUUUAAUUUUAAUAAAUUUUUUUAAUUAAUUUUAAUAAAUUUAAUUUCAAAAAAAAUAUAGAAAUGCUAAUAUUUAUAGAUUUAAAAGAUAUCAUAUAAUUCAUUAUUUUCUUAUUUAUUGAAUUAAAUUUUGAAUUAUCACAAUUAGAUCUAUAAUUAAUUAAAUAAAGAAAUGUUAUGUAUUAGAUUUCGUACAUAAAAUAUUAUUUUUUCAUUGCUGACAUUGAUGCUGAUGUUUGUUUUGAUAAAUUUUCCAUUGGAUUAUAUUUAAAUGUCUUCUUCAAUGGACCUUUAGCUUCUUUAUUAAAUUGUAUCUUAUCAGCAUGUUUUAGAGCUGAUAAUUUAUUAGAUAUUUUCAUAUUAGUGUAAGCUGAAAAAAAUCGUUUGUAUAAAAUAUUUAGAAUUAUAUUUUAAAUAUUGUUGAAUAUUAUAAAAGUACCAUCUUGAAAUGUU